GGGGCGCGGGGGCAGCGGCGGGCGGGGGUCCUCCCUGGCGGCCGCCGCUGAGCCCCUGCGGGGCCCGUGACGCCGCUGCCGAUGUGGCCCCGGGUGCGCUACGGGCCUGCACCGCCACCGCACAAAGACGCCUCGGGAGCCGCCGUCUGCACCUGGGCCGCCGCCGCCGCGCCAGCCGGAGCUCGAGCCCCAACCCCGGCUGCAGACGGAGCCACAGCCGGAGCCAGGCAGCAGGAGGCGGCGCCUGCGGGCGGCCGGGCCAGGCAUGGAUAAGCGCGCGGCCGUGGGGCUGGAGGGCGCGCCGGGCGCCCGGGCGCAGCUGGCCGUCGUGUGUCUCGUGAACAUCUUUCUCACCGGGAGGCUCAGCAGUGCGGUUCCUGCCUUAGCGGCCUGCAGCGGGAAGCUGGAGCAGCACACAGAGCGGCGUGGGGUCAUCUACAGCCCGGCCUGGCCCCUCAACUACCCGCCGGGGACCAACUGCAGCUGGUACAUCCAAGGCGACCGUGGGGACAUGAUCACCAUCAGCUUCCGCAACUUUGACGUGGAGGAGUCCCACCAGUGCUCCCUGGACUGGCUCCUGCUGGGCCCAGCGGCUCCGCCCCGCCAGGAGGCCUUCCGCCUCUGUGGUUCCGCCAUCCCACCUGCCUUCAUCUCCGCCCGUGACCACGUCUGGAUUUUCUUCCACUCAGACGCCUCCAGCUCCGGCCAGGCCCAGGGCUUCCGUCUGUCUUACAUCCGAGGGAAGCUGGGCCAGGCGUCCUGCCAGGCAGAUGAGUUCCGCUGUGACAAUGGCAAGUGCCUGCCCGGCCCGUGGCAGUGCAACACCGUGGAUGAGUGUGGGGACGGCUCUGAUGAGGGCAACUGCUCAGCACCCGCCUCUGAGCCUCCGGGCAGCCUGUGCCCCGGGGGGACCUUCCCGUGCAGCGGGGCGCGCUCCACGCGCUGCCUGCCGGUGGAGCGGCGCUGCGACGGCUUGCAGGACUGUGGCGACGGCUCCGACGAGGCGGGCUGCCCUGACCUGGCGUGUGGCCGGCGGCUGGGCAGCUUCUACGGCUCCUUUGCCUCCCCGGACCUGUUCGGCGCGGCCCGCGGGCCCUCGGACCUUCACUGCACGUGGCUGGUGGACACCCAGGAGUCGCGGCGGGUGCUGCUGCAGCUGGAACUGCGGCUGGGCUACGAUGACUACGUGCAGGUAUACGAGGGCCUGGGCGAGCGCGGGGACCGCCUGCUGCAGACACUGUCCUACCGCAGCAACCACCGGCCUGUGAGCCUGGAGGCUGCCCAGGGCCGGCUCACUGUGGCCUACCACGCACGUGCCCGCAGCGCUGGCCACGGCUUCAAUGCCACCUACCAGGUGAAGGGCUACUGCCUCCCCUGGGAACAGCCGUGCGGGAGCAGCAGUGACGCUGACGGGGGCAGCGCGGGUGACCAGGGCUGCUUCUCAGAGCCACAGCGAUGCGACGGCUGGUGGCAUUGCGCCAGCGGCCGAGACGAGCAGGGCUGCCCCGCCUGCCCGCCCGACCAGUACCCCUGUGAAGGUGGCAGUGGUCUGUGCUAUGCACCUGCCGACCGCUGCAACAACCAGAAAAGCUGCCCCGAUGGCGCCGAUGAGAAGAACUGCUUCUCCUGCCAGCCUGGCACCUUCCACUGCGGCACCAACCUGUGCAUCUUUGAGACAUGGCGCUGUGAUGGUCAGGAGGACUGCCAGGAUGGCAGCGACGAGCAUGGGUGCCUGGCCGCCGUGCCCCGAAAGGUCAUAACGGCGGCGCUCAUCGGCAGCCUGGUAUGUGGACUGCUGCUUGUCAUCGCGCUGGGCUGUGCCUUCAAGCUCUACUCACUUCGCACGCAGGAGUACAGGGCGUUUGAGACCCAGAUGACGCGCCUGGAGGCUGAGUUCGUGCGGCGGGAGGCACCCCCGUCCUAUGGUCAGCUCAUUGCCCAGGGCCUCAUUCCACCAGUGGAGGACUUUCCUGUCUACAGUGCGUCCCAGUGGCACCCGUCGCCCCCAGAGCUGGGAGUUGUCGUGAGGAUGGAGCCGUGCCGUGGGGACGCUGGAUCUCAUCCACGGUGACCGUUCUGCCCACGCCUCGCCCUCCUCCUGUCCAACAGGGCCCCUGGAGGAGCUGAGUUGGGCGGCUCCUGCGAACCCUCAUGUCCCUGGCCAGGCGGGUGCCCUCUGCCCUCCCUGAGGGUCUAAUCUUCUGGGUACUAUGGCAGGGCUGGGGUAUGUGCCUGGCAUCAGGAAGCCCCUGGAGUCCCCUGCAGGCCUCGAGGCCCCCAGGACAUGCUACUCUGUGCUUUCUGGGAACAGAGAGGCUGAGGCACCAACAGCAGUGGCCACAUUAAUGCCAUCCUAUCUCAGGGCCUCAGUUUCCCCACCUGUAAGCCAGGGUGCAACUGUAGGCUCUGAAGUCCUGACCUUCACUCUGUGAUUUACAGGAGGAAAGACAAUCCCAGCCGGUAGCCCCUGAGUUCUGGGUGGCCAAGCUCAGACUGGCAUGGAGGGCCUGGGGGAGGGGCAGACUGAGCUGCUCCCCAUCCUAGACAUCCCUUUGGGGAAGGCGGACUCUGGGUGCCAUGGUAGGGAGUGCCUGUGUCAAGCGGCAAAGCCCCCAAAUGUCAAGAGCCUCCUCCAGAGCUGGCCAGGAACAUGUAUGCACCCACUGAGGUGCACCCCAGCUGGCCCCGUCUGUGCCCAUCAGGGACUCCCCGUAGCACAAGCGAACAGCCAGCCCUGUUUAUUUAUAGGCCUUUUCGGGAAAAGCUAGCAGGGCAGCGCUAACACAGGAGACCCAGUCCACAUUUUAGGGCUUCCUUAAAACAGGCUUCUAAGAGUCGUAUCUUUUUUUUUUUUUUCCAGAAAAAAAAAAAAAAAAAAAAACUCUUUUGCCAAACAUCUCCUCAAUAAACAUGUAAACAGAAACAGCU